GCUCUGCUUUGUCUCUGCCCCAUCCCAGAAGCCACGAUGCCUGGCCCUUGGUUGCUGCUCGCCCUGGCCUUGACCUUGACCCUGACGGGUGUUCCUAGUGGCGGGUCUCAACUAGAAUCAGUCCAACAAGAGGCGGCAGAGGGCCCCGAGCAUCCAGGCCUGGACCAACUCCUACGCCAGGCAGAGCGACUUCUCCUCCUCCGGGAAGACCUCCAGAGGCUGCGAGGAGACCAGGGGGAAUUCUCAGAGUCCCAGGUCCCUCAGCUUGACUGGCUUUCCAAGCGUCAGCAUCCAGGCAAAAGGGAGGAGGAGGCAGAGGAAAGUGUUGAGGAAGAGGAGGAGGAGGAUGAGGAGGAGGCUACAGGGCUCCACAGAAGGCAGCAUCCUGGCCGGCGAGAGGAUGAGGCCUCCGGGACCCAGCACAAGAGGCAGCACCCUGGCCGGCGCUCCCCCUGGCUCAAGGAUGCUGUCAUCAAGAGGCAGCACCCAGGCAGGAGGAUGGCGGAUCCCCAGGUCCAAAGGGCCUGGGAGGAAGAGGAAGUGAAGGAAGAAGGAGCACUGAUGCCUGAGACACGCCAGCAUCCAGGCAGGAAGGUCCUUGGAGGUCCCUGUGGUCCCCAGGGAGGCUGUGUUCAGGCAGGCCUUCUGCUGGGGCUCCUGGAGGACCUGAGUCAGGGCCCGGGUAUGGAGGCGAAGCGGCAGCACCCUGGUCGGCGGGCGGCCUGGGCCCGGCAGCCCCUGCAGGGGUGAGCCCAGCUCUGGGAAGGCCAAAUUUGGGGACUAAAUGUCCUGAACCCUGUGUGCUGUCCUAAUGAACCCCUCUUUCCUUCCUUCUCAAAUCCUGGAGAACACACAUGAGCCCCUUGUACAUACACAUACCCCAGGAUUGACCCCUUCCUCCAAAGACAUGGGAAAAGCCAGUCUGUAAAUUAACACUUCCCAUGGUCCCACCAUGCCCUGCAGGUAACGGGCAGGUCCCAGGCCAUCACCAAUGCCACCACCUGCUCCCUCUCCUGAGCCCUGGCCAGGGUGGCCCUUCUGCAUCCUUUAGGAUCUCCAGAGUGCGGCCAGAAGAGGGUGUUGAACUAAAGCUUUGGUGUCCAAAUUCAGUGUCCACUCCCUGCCCAUUCUGAGGCCCAGGGGCUUCACCUGUUCUCAGGCAGAGCCCCGGCCCACAAGGCACGUUCUGCCUGGGGGGAGCAUGGGUGAGUGGAGACACCCCUGUGGUGCAGUGCUGUGGUGGCUGCAGAAAUGAGUGGUGUAAGAAUAUUGGAACAUGGCCCUGCUAGUUGUGGCUCAUAUGGAACCCUCUGGGUGCCUCCCCAGUCUGUGACAAUUUUCCCAAUAAUAAAAGACGUAUUUCCC